CGCGGAUGUGGACGAGCACCUGCGAGCCGCCAGCGCACGGAGCAGACACGCCCGGAGAAGAGCGCACACGGCCGGGCUCACGGCACAGACACGCGCCGGGAGUGGAGCGCUGAGAGCCGCGCGCACACGGAGGCGCACCCGGGGAGGAAGAAGAGGAAGAGGAAGAAGAGGAAGAAGAGGAGGAAGAGGAGGAGGAUGCGCGGAGGGCUGGAGCAGCAGUGAGACAGCAUCUUUACCGUGACACAGCGGAAUCCACGCGAGGACACAGCUGAAGACCAGACUCACUCAGUGAACAUGUCGGACAAAAGUGACCUGAAGGCGGAGCUGGAGCGGAAGAAGCAGCGUCUGGCCCAGAUCCGCGAGGAGAAGAAGAGGAAGGAGGAGGAGAGGAAGAAGAAGGAGUCGAGGAAGGCUGAGAUCCAGCAGAAGACAGAAAUCGCGACAGAAGACUCAGAUCUGGACAGAAAGAGACGAGAGACAGAAGCUCUACUGCAGAGCAUCGGAAUCUCUCCAGAACCUUCUCUAGUUCCCGCCCCCAUGUCCCCGUCCAAGUCUCUGAGCACGCCCAGUGAGACAGGAAGUCAGGACUCUGCAGAGGGCGGAGCCGCGGGGAGGUUCACUAGACUCCAGGCUGCAGCUCCAAGCUCCAGGACACUGCAGUGGGACACAGACCCUUCAGUCCUCCAGCUCCACGCCGACUCCGAGCUCGGUCGGAGGCUGCAGAGACUCGGUGCCUCCAGAAUCACUCAGGUCGACUUUCAGCCCAAAGAACUCGUGUCCUACAGCAAAGAGACGCAGACGCCCAGCACCACCCAACCCCACGAAGUGGAGGAGGAAGAGGAGGAUGAGGAGAUGGAGGUGAAGCCCGGCCUGAUGGAGGCGGAGCUGCAGGACGACGACGAAGCCAAGGAGACCAAAGACGGUGUGGUUCCUCUGCUCCGGGAGCUGACGGAGGAGGAGCGGCAGCAGAUCCUUCACUCCGCAGACUUCCAGAGCUUCUUCGACUGCUCCAUCCGAGUCAUGGAGAGAGCCCUGGCAGAAGACAGCCACAUCUACUACGACUACAGCGGCCGCGACCACCACAAGGACGGAGACGUGUCCGGAGGCUCCAGUCUGUCCUUCUCUCGAGUUUUCUACGACGAGCACUGGUCCAAACACCGAGUCAUCACGUGUCUGGACUGGUCGCCUCAGUACCCGGAGCUGCUGUCGCCUCCUACAACAAUAACGACGAUGCUCUCAUGA